CUCGCGGGAACCGCCCGCGCCCCUCUAGUCCCAGGCCCGACGGCCAUGGCGCCAGCCGCACUCCUUCGUGAGGUGACCCAGGCGCUGUGCGCGGCCGGGGGCGCCAUGGAGCUGGAGGAGCUGCGGCGCCGCUUGCGGUCGAGCGUCGGCGGGGACGUGCUGGAGCGGCUGUUGCGGGAGCGCGGGCGCUUGUUGGUGGCGCGGCGGGCGGCCGGGGCCGGCGCGGCGGCCGUCGAGCGUCUGGUGCUGGCCGUGUCGCCGCUGCGCGUGUGCGGCGCGUACCAGGGCCCGAAGCCGGGCUGCGUGGGGCUCUGCGCUCAGCUGCACCUCUGCAAGUUCGUGUUCUACGGCAAGUGCAAGUUCCUGAGGGACGGGAAGGACUGUAGGAGCGAUCACAACUUGACGUCCGAUCACAACGUGUGCGUGCUGAAAACUCACGGCGUGGACCACCUCAGCUACAGUGAGCUCUGCGUGCUCUUGUUACAGAACGACCCCUUGCUCUUGCCGGAGAUCUGCCUUCAUUACAACAAAGGACAUGGACCCUACGGCUCUUGUUCCUUUAAAAAGCAAUGUGUCAAACUCCACAUCUGCCAGUAUUUUUCACAGGGUGAAUGCAAGUUUGGCACUGGCUGUAAGAGAUCCCAUGAUUUCUCCAAUUCUGAGAACCUGGAAAAACUGGGGAAGUUGGGCAUGAGGUCAGAGCUGGUGGGCAGGCUGCCUUCCAUUUACAGAAAUGCUCAUGACAUCAAGAAUAAGAGCUCUCCCUCCAUCAGAGUGCCGCCUCCUCCCUCUUGGUCACAGGGGACUUCCGAAAGAAGAGAUGCACGGUCUGUGUCCCCAAACACUGCCAGCCAAGAGGAGAGUGAUCAGAUUUGCUUGUUCCAUAUCUGGAAACGUUGUAGCUUUCAAGAUAGGUGCAGUAGAGUUCAUUUCGAUUUGCCAUAUCGAUGGCAAGUCUUAGAUGGAGGCAGGUGGAAGGAUUUGCACAAAAUGGAGCUUGUUGAAGAGGCAUAUAGCAAUCCUGCAAGAGACGGGAUCACGUGCACCAAGUCAGCCAGUAGCUUUCUCACUGGUUUUCUGAGCUUUAACUCCAUGACGGUAGGUGCCACCCGGGCUCGCCGCCUCUCCACGGCCUCCUCGGUCACCAAACCUCCACACUUUAUCCUCACCACUGACUGGGUUUGGUACUGGAACGAUGAAUUUGGCUUUUGGCAGGAGUAUGGAAGACAAGUAAGUGUCACGGAAAGAGGAAACAGCUUGGACCUGGAUGCAAGACCCCCUGAAAGCCGGAAAAUGGGGGCUUCCCUUAUAUACUCCCAGAUCACGAGCAUCCUGGUUCCCCAGAGCAAUGCCUUCACUGACUUCCUUUUACACUUUGCUGUUUAUAAAGGGUCAGAAGGAGAAUGGACUGCAGAAUUUUGGUGUUGA